AUGAACAUCUUAAGAUGGAACUGCAGAGGGGCUAUGAAGCCUAACUUUAAGAAGACUGCUCUUGACCUUAUUGAAUGGCAUCAACCAGCCAUCUUUGUCAUUACGGAAACCAGAAUUGAUGGGCCGAGAGCGGACUUCAUUAUCAGGGGCCUGCCUUUUGAUGGGGCUUAUUCGACUGAAACUAUUGGUUUUGCUAGGGGUAUAUGGCUUCUUUGGCGCUCUGAUCUUGUGGAAAUGGACAUCCUCUCUGCUACAAAACAGGAGAUUCAUACCAUUGUCCAGGUUAGAUCCCUUUCUCAGUCUUGGCUUCUUAGUGCUGUUUAUGGUAGCCCCCGGUUUCGGGAGCGUAGUUUGUUAUGGAACAAUUUAAAAAUUCUAUCAGUUAGACAUAAUCUCCCGUGGGCGGUAAUGGGGGACUUUAAUGAUGUUACCAGAGAGGAAGAAAAAUCUGGGGGAAAUGGGAUCAAUAGUAGAAGGGUUUUUGCUUAUAAUGAGUGUAUGGAUUUUUGCAAUCUUAUUGAUUUAGGCUUCUCUGGUCCUAAAUUCACCUGGUCGAAUUGCCGAGAUGUAUCUGAUGUAAUUCAACAAAGGCUUGAUAGAGUUUGGGUUAAUUCUGGCUGGAAGUUAUUAUAUCCGGAUGCCAUUGUGUCUCACCUGGCCCGUAUCAGUUCUGACCAUUGUCCCCUUCUCUUAUCAUUGCAGUCAAACCUUGGCCACAGGGGCCUUCGCCCGUUCCGCUUUCAACCUAUAUGGUUAAGUCAUGAUGGUUUUCCUGAUAUUGUGAGGGAAGCCUGGGAAGGGCAUAGUCAAGACAUUUGCAGUGCAGUUGCAAAUUUUACUCUAAAAGCCAAGAAUUGGAAUAAAGAAGUUUUUGGAGAUAUUUUUUUGGAGGAAAAGGAAGUUGACUGCAAGACUCCUUGGUGCAGAGAAAGCUCUUGCAAAUAA